GAGAUUAAAGAAUAGAGACAAUGUGGAGGCAAAGAAGAAAAAAAAGGACAGUGUGAAUGGGAGUGUAGGACUGAUCCAAAAUCCCCCAUUUUUCCUUAAACCCUAAACCUUGACAAAACCUCACCGAACAAACCACCAUGAUAACCACUAUUAUCUUCCGAGAAACACCAAAAACUAUCCUAUACCAUCCGCCAUUUUCUCUUCUCUUGACCCGUUCCAUGGGAGGUGGGCCUCGAACCUUCCCUGGAGGUCUCAACAAAUGGCAAUGGAAGCGCCUUCAUGAGAAAAAAGCCCGGGACAAAGAAAAACGUCUUCUUGACCAAGAAAAGCAACUUUACCAAGCCCGCCUCCGCUCCCAAAUUCGGGCCUCCGUUUCGGACUCACCUGAUCAACCCGAAGGCCUAUCUCACUCCCCUAUGUCGCCCAAGGAACAUGUUAAGUUACUUGCUGAACGGUUUAUGAAGCGCGGUGCGGAGGAUUUGUGGAAUCACGAUGAUGGGCCAGUGCAUUCUUCCCCCAAGCCCGACCCAAUUAAGCCCAUUGACGCGCCUAUUGAUGUGAGGAAGUAUAUCAAGGAAAGAAAUUUGGAUGAUUAUAAGAAUUUGAAUUUUUCUGGUAAUGUACAGCAAAAGAGGGGCUUUUGUGAUGGGAAUUUGAUAAGUUUGAGGGGAUUUUUGGGAAAUGUACAGCAAAAGAGGGGCUUUUGUGAUUGGAAUUUGAUAAGUUUGAGUGGAUUAUUGGGUAAUUUAGAGCAAAAGAGGGGUUACUCUGGUAAAGUGAAGAAGAAAUUUAACUAUAAUAGGAAUGGGAGUUCAUCAAGUGAUGAUGAUGUAGAUAAUGUAAGGGUAAUUGGAAAUAUGAGGUGGCCACAGUUUACUCUUGAAGGAGGUCAAAUGGGAAGUGAAGAUGAGGGGGAAAAUAGUGGUGUGAAGAGUGUAAGAGGGUUCAUGGGGAAUGCCACAUUAGGAAAUUAUGAUGUGAAGGUAACAAAAAGGCGAACUUUGAGGAAUUUGGAGAAGUAUGCAGAGAUGGAGGAUCAGGGUAGUCUGACAAUUGAGGAGAUUAGGCAGGAGUUAAUUGAGCGUAAACGGGCGCAAGAGACUCAGGUGGAAGAGACUCCUGAAAUGAGUGAUCAGGAUGAGUUUGUUGGAUCUGGAAAGAGAUUUGAGGAUUGUGGCAUAUCACCCCUGACAGUUAAGGCUUUAGCAUCUGCUGGCUAUGUUAUGAUGACUAGGGUUCAAGAAGAUACUCUAUCUGUUUAUCUUGAGGGUAAGGAUGCAUUUGUUAAAGCUAGAGCUGGAACAGGCAAAACUUCUGCUUUUCUGCUUCCUGCAAUUGAAACAGUUUUGAAGUCUAUGAGCAGCAACAAAGCUCAGCGUGUGCCUCCUGUAUACAUUCUUAUUCUUUGCCCCACAAGAGAACUUGCUAGUCAGAUUGCUGCAGAAACAAGGGUUAUGUUGAAGUAUCAUGAUGGCAUAGGUGUCCAAAUGCUUGUAGGUGGCACACGAUUCAAAGAUGAUCAGAAACACUUGGAGUCAGAUCCUUGCCAGAUUGUGGUUGCUACUCCUGGUAGAUUACUGGAUCACAUUGAAUCUAGAUCAGGCAUAUCAGCUCGAUUGAUGGGGCUUAAAAUGCUCGUACUUGACGAAGCUGAUCAUCUGCUAGACCUUGGAUUCCGUAAGGAUAUAGAGAAAAUUGUUGAUUGUUUAUCUCGUCGACGGCAGACUUUACUCUUUUCUGCUACAGUCUCAAAAGAGGUCCGGCGGAUUUCUCAACUUGUUCUUCGAAGAGAGCAUUUGUUUAUCAAUACUGUGGAUGCAGAUUUUCCAGAUUCAAAUCCCAAGGUGAAGCAGUCUUAUGUUAUUGCUCCCCAUAAUUUGCAUUUCCAAGUAGUGUACCAACUAUUAAAAGACCAUAUUUCUAAAAUGCCGGAUUACAAGAUUAUUGUUUUCUGUACAACUGGAAUGAUGACUUCACUCAUGUAUCUUCUCUUCCAUAAAAUGAGGUUAAAUGUAAGGGAAAUACAUUCAAGAAAGCCGCAACUUUAUCGAACUCGCAUAGUCGAAGAGUUUAAGCAAUCAAAACAAUUGAUCUUAAUUUCAUCUGAUGUAUCAGCUAGAGGGAUAAACUAUCCUGAUGUCACUUUGGUCAUUCAGGUUGGAACUCCUACUGAUAGGGAGCAGUAUAUACAUCGUCUUGGGAGGACUGGUCGUGCAGGAAAAGGUGGUGAAGGCAUUUUGCUGCUUGCACCAUGGGAGGAACAUUUCUUGGAAGACAUAAGGGACUUGCCUAUUGAAAGGUCCUCUGCACCACCUAAUGACGACGAUACAAAAUCAAAGAUAGAGAAUUCAAUGGCAAAGAUCGAUGCCAGUGUGAAAGAAGGUGCUUACCAUGCUUGGCUUGGUUACUAUAAUUCUCUCCGGGAAAUCGGAAGGGAUAAGACAUCCCUUGUUGAGUGGGCAAACCAAUUCUGUGAGUCCAUUGGGUUGGAGAAACCUCCUGCUCUUUACAGAAAAACAGUUGUGAAAAUGGGUUUGAAAGGUAUAUCUGGCAUCCGUGUAAGAACGUAACACAUCACGAAGUUCAACGUGCUCCGCUAGACAGAUUUCUUGCCCUAUCGUCAUGGAAAAUAGGCGAGUUUUGUAUCGUUACACCAGUACUGCAGUUGAAGAUGGUUAGUAUAGCCAAGUUACUAAAUAGAAAUCCUUAACCCCAGCAAUACGACUUUGUUUGCUCGGAUAACUUGUUUGUUUACUGUAAGGCUGUUGGCAUCAAAUUGAAACAUGCAGCAUAUACUUGCUCAGGAACUACAAUCUUAGCGACUAUUCAGGCAAGAUUUUGUUCGUUUUUGUAUCGAAUUUUAUCUAUGUGUGUAGAUCGUAUUAUACAUUCUUCAGUUAAUGUUAGAUUCACUCCAUCUCUGUUCAUAAAUAUGUGAAUGGUGCCUUUUAUUC